AUUCUUCUUCUUCUUCUUUUCUUCUCUUUUUUUUUUAUUUUAUUUUAAUUAUUUGUUAUUAUUAUUCUCCAUAGCCUUCUUUGAUUGGAUGAAACCGUGAGAGGAUGAUAACAACAACUCCGGCUGGAUCUCCAACAAAAACAAGUAAAAUUAAAUUCUUAUGCAGUCACGGUGGAAAGAUUAUGCUCCGACCACCCGACGCCGUCCUCAAGUAUGUCGGCGGCCAGACUCGCGUCCUUUCCGUUCCCCGCAAUAUCGAUUUCACAGGCUUAACGAAGAAAAUCGCGACACUCAAAGAUGGCAAUGUCAUCCUCAAGUACCAACUAAUCCACGAAGACCUAGAUGCCCUAGUAACCGUACGAUCAAACGAAGACCUUCGUUUCAUGAUCGACGAAUGCCAACGUUACGAACUCAUAGGAGCACCUAGACUCCGGGCCUUCCUAUUCCCUACCAACACAAUUGUAACCGAAACCACCACGCCUAACCUCAUCGAUCCUCACGCACUCGAGCAACAUUACAUCGACGCCGUAAACGGCGUCUUCCGAACCGGAACAAAGUAUUCGUAUCUCGGCCACCGUCCUUACUCCGUCCCCGUUUCCUCCUCCUCCGGAUCAUCGUCCACUCCGAACUCCGUCGAUAGCAACUCCGCGCUCGAGAACACCAACAACGCCCCGGAAGCAGCCAUCCGACUGCAAAACUACAUCACGAGCAAACUCAGUCUGCAUCGGGUACAGAGCAGUCCGACGAUAUCAAACCUCGUGAAUCAUCAUCAUUAUCAUCAUCACCACAGCCACCACCAUUGUAGCGGUCAUCAAUCGCCGCAAAACGUCGGCAGCGGUUACCAAUCGCCGGUGAUGGUUCAAUACAACAGGCAAAUGACGAUGCCGACGCCGCCUAGGACAGGCGGAUGCAAACCAGUUGAGUGGCGUAAAGUUGGUUAUAAUUAUCCUCCGUCGUCGACAAGGCACGCAAGGAGUUCGAGUGUGAGCGGUUAUUUACAAAACGAAGAGUAUUUUGUAGAGAGGCGAUUAGAAACGGAAGACUGGUUCUCAAGGAUGAUUAUCCAGCCUUCUACGCAAAUCCCGUUUAGUAUUCAAUAGCUAUAGCAUAAACUAAAUGUCGCGAAUUGCAAAAUUCCAACCUUUUACGGUGUAUUAUUUUGUGUAUU